AAGCAAACGGUAAACUCCACAACCUUUUUCUAUUUGAGGCGCUCAAUUGCCGCACCUACAGCUGUCGGCGGUGAACGGCAAUCAUGAGCUUCAUUCCUCCGGUACUGCCAAGAGCUGCCCGUGCUCUGCGGGCAUCUUCAAAUCCUAUCGCAAAUUUCAGAUGUUUCCACACUCCCACACUCUCGAGGCCGUUGCUGGCCCUGAGAAAUUCCAAUUACUCGCAAAGAAGAGUAAAUAUUUCCCCGCCUACAGCAUGUCGUUGUAAUUAACUGAUCAUACCUUCCCCGCAGCCCUUUCAUAGCACUCCAAGGUCCCAAGCAGCAGUAAAGAAUCCUUACUCCAUCCUCGGCGUCGGUAAAACCGCAUCCACCUCCGAGAUCAAGAAGUCAUACUACUCAUUGGCAAAGAAAUGGCACCCGGACCAGAACAAGGACCCCUCGGCGAGGGAAAGAUUCCAAGAAGUUCAAGCAGCUUAUGAGAUCCUCUCGGACCCGGCGAAGAAGGAACAGUUCGACCAAUAUGGCGAAGCGGCAUUCGAUCCAGAUAGUGGAUUUAGUCCUGGCGCUGGAGCAGGGCCCGGCCAGGGAGGAUUUAGCGGAUUUAGCGGGGGCUUCACAGCAGACUUUUCGUUCGAGGACCUGUUUGGUUCGUUUGGUCGUAGCGGUGGGGGGCGCGGGAGUCGGGGUUUUACGGAUGACACAAUGCUUGGGGAUAAUAUUGAAGUAUGUUAUGGAAGAACUUUGUUCUCCCCACUUACCAACAUCCGGAGGAGUGGUUGGCUAAAGCAAGAAAAAACAGAUAGAAGUAACAAUCUCAUUCAUGGAAGCUGCAAGUGGAACUUCAAAAGACAUUCGCAUCCACCCUCUUGUGCAGUGCAAAGCCUGUUCGGGCAUGGGAGUGAAACCUGGCACGAUGAAGAAGCAAUGUUCCCUCUGUUACGGAACCGGUACCCGCGUGCACCACAUGCAGGGUUUCCAGAUGGCCUCGACCUGCGAGAGAUGCAGAGGAACGGGGACAGUUACCCCUCGAGGCUCAGAGUGCGGGACCUGCAGUGGAUCCGGCGUAACGAAGGAGGCCCGGACAAUCACGAUCGAUAUACCCGCCGGCGUGGACACCGGUAUGAAAAUGAGGGUGGACGGGGAGGGCGAUGCCCCGCAGGCCAAUAUCCAUAGCUCUUCGCCCUCUGGGAAGAAGAGGGGGAACUUGUUCGUUCAUAUUCGGGUUACGCCGCAUAAGGAGUUUAGUAGGAAGGGCUCGGAUAUCUACUACACUGCUACGAUACCAUUUACAACCGCCCUCUUGGGAGGUCAGACCAAGAUCCCAACACUAGACGGUCAUGUGGACAUUAAGGUUCCCAUGGGCACAAACACCGGGGACAUGAUAGCUAUCAGUGGAAAAGGUAUGCCAGGGCCCAAUUCCCCCGGACGUAUUGGGGACCUGAAGGUUGAAUUCAAGCUCAAUCCUCCAAGGUAGGCCCCUCAGCCCUUGCAAUCUCUACUGCCACCAGAAACUAACAAACCCUCUACAGAACCCUAACCCCCCGCCAAAGAAUCCUUCUAGAAAUGCUCGCCGACGAGUUCAAGGACAAGAAUGCCAGGAGGAUAAUGAAUGUUAAUUCUAAAAAGUAUAACCCUACCACUACUGCCACCCAGGUACUUAUAUUAACCAAGCAUCAAUCUCCAGUGACGGAGCCUCCUACUACGAAGAGCACAAGAACGAAGGCUUCCUAAAACGUGCUUGGCACAACCUUACUCACCAGCACGACGACAUGCCGAAAGACGAUGACGACCAGAAUAAAAAGGCUUCCGGAUCCGGUUAAGUUAUAACAAUUUUUCAAUAGGUGGAAGACGGGGGGUAUAAAUCUCGGGGCCAAAAAAUCUAGUGGAGAAAAGGGGGGUUUACAUGUUUUUGUUUGUUUUUUUGUUUUCCUACCUCUUUCCUUAUGUUAUGGAUCUUUCUCCCUAUUCCUACCAUGUUCGCACGUACCCCCCCCCCCCCCUUUUGGCAGUCACAGCAGCGACGAUGGCGAGCACGAGGUGUUCAUAUUAUAACUUAGAAUCUUCUUUCAUUUCUUACGACGUUAUUUCUGUUACUGUUAAAUCUCAACAGUACCGGUGUACAAUCUUGUAUAGUUUACUCCGCUACUUUUAGUCUAGCCUACUUAUUAGUCUGUAUCAUAAGGGUGCGGGGGAGGGGGGAGUUCUCUCAUUCAUUUGCACCCGUAGUAGGUCUGUGUCCCUACUAUGGGAGUCUUUAGCCAUUAUUAUAGAUUAAGCCUUGCGGGUUGUGCGGUAUUGCCAUAUCACGACGUUGUGGACGAGGUUUUGUGCACCGCACAGUACAGUACGAGCACUGUAUAAUAGUCUACAAUACAGCGCAUAACCGAACUACGAGAACACAAAACGACAGACCACCAACAAACCUAUUAAUUAAUUAAUUAUUCUGAUGCCGGCACGACACCGAGCACCACGCCCCUCCCCCUCGGAGAAGAUAUCCUACCAGUACGAUCACUGUAAUACUACCCUUAACCCGAACGGUGAAUAUACUAGUACACAAGGUAGAGUCCUGUCAACUGAUCAA